UCCACGCUGGCUAAAUUUAUCCUGUGUUGACGGGUCGUGUCGGCUGAAGAGGAAGAGGACGCGUUUAUUACAGUCGGACAGUUUAUCACCUGUAAUUCACCUCUGCGGUGAAGGUGUCCGGACUGUGCUUCCUCUCCUGGAUCAGUGACGGGGCUGAGACAUGACUGAGCCCGCAGAGAAGAGGCUGAAGAGCAGCCUGCCGCUGUGCAGAGCGCACCGGAGCUCCGCGGGCUGCAGCCGGGCCAGACACAACCUGCAGGCCGCUGUGGAGGAGGCUCUGUGCGGGGUGAGCAGCCUGCUGUGGGACGGAGUGUACCGGCUGCAGGCUCUGGCCAGCGUGUUUGAACGGGACGAUGUCGCUCUGCCCCGCGUCACCUCUUUCUUCCAGCAGGAGGCGCUGAAGCAGGAGGAGGAGGCCGAGGCCAUGCUGGGCUACCUGGCUGAGAGAGGGGGAAGCUACUGUGGCAAAGACGUCCAGAAGCCGAACUGUGAGGCCGUCUGCGCCGUCCUGCCGGCUCUGGAGCUCCUGCUGCUCCAGCUGAAGGAGGAAGCCGCCGUCAUGGUCGAGCUGAGCCAGCUGGCCCGUAACCACGGAGACCCGCACACUGCCAGCAUCGUGAAGAGCGAUUUCCUGACGCCGCGGGUAGACCGCCUCAAACUGCUGGGAGACCUGCUCACCAGCGCCCGCAGGGUGGGCUGCACCAACGACCAGACGGGGGGAUUCGGGGAGUACAUCCUGAACGAGCUGCAGGAGGAGCUGAGCAGAUAAUCGGUCGGAGUCAGUCAGAGGAAGUAUUGAUUGACUAGAAAUGAUUCUCCUCUCUGAGUUCAAUUCCCUUUUGUAGAAGCUAAAACUCAGGAUUUUCUCCAAAUGACCAGAGUGACAUUUUGGCAAAUUAGCUUGUUAGCAGUGUCCAGAGUCCAGACAGAUGUUAGUGUCACUUCACUGCCUCCAGUACAGAAAUACGUGUUUAGCAUAGCUUAGCACAAAGACUGGAAGCAGAGGGAAACUGUUAGCCUCAAGCAUCCAGCAACUCGAAAGUCUGAUUUUACAUUUUGAAAUGUUUCCAAUAAAUAUUGUAAUAUUUUCCACGAAUUACCAUUUCCAUUCAGAACAGCUAGCAACAGUCAAACAGCAGCUAACAGUUAGCAACAGUCAAACAGCAGCUAACAGCUAGCAACAGUCAGACAACAGCUAACAGUUAGCUAGCUGGAAAGUUGCGACCUUCCCACACCGCAUAAAAUGUUUUUAGAAUUAUGAAAUGAGUCAGUACUUGUCACUUUGAGUGAAGAAGCACAUUUUGAAAUCAAGCAUCUGAGGCGUCCAGGAUGUGUUAGCUUAGCUUAGCUUAGCACAAAGACUGAGAGCCAGGGGAAAGUGUUAGCCUCAAGAAAAAAUACUCUCCAGCAACAUGAAAGCUGUCUGAGUUACAGUCUGAAAUGUUUUUCAAAAGAAAUAUUUUAAUAUUUUCCAAAAUUCAGGGCACAGUUAGCUAGCUGGAGAGUUGUGACCUGUCAGCACCAUGUAACAUGUUUUUUUUUUAUAUUUGUCACUGUAGGUGUGGAAGCCCAUUUGAAUUAAAGCACCUUAGGCGCCGCACACAUGCUGUGUCUUUAACUGCCUGAAAAACGUAAGAUCAGGCGUUGGACAAUCUGGAAAUCCAUCGGUUAAAAAAAAAAAAAAAAAAAAAAGGAUUUUUCUUUUGUUCCUUUACCUCUGGAGGCACAGCCCGGAGUUUUUCGACUAACGGAAGUGCAGGGGCCUCGGGCAUCGCUCAACCCCUUCACUUUCGGUGGUGCCCCCAGGGAAUCACCGUGUUGUUUACAAAUACUUCCAGGUAGAAAACUGGCAGAGUAUAUAUAUAUAUAUAUAUAUCUCACAUUUUUCACGUCACUGUAUCACCGUGUAGACUAAUCUGAUGUUUGUAAAGUCUAUAAACACAAUGAUUGAACAAACGUUACUAUUUCUGUGUGCACGUUUUGUAAUUAAUAACAUGGUUAUCGUAGAUUAGCUGGGCUAACCUUUAGCUGUUAGCCCCAUUAGUGGUGUCUGUAAUAACUCAGUAACUCAAUAAAUAGUCCGUGAAUAAAA